AUGACGACAAUUCUUUUUGAAGACAAUUGGACUUCCUCCCAUUUAACGAGCAACUGCAACCCCCCUUCCCAUCUGAGGAGCUGUGGCUGGUACGGCGAAGGCUACUUCAACGGCAACGAGAAAGAGACCAUGCAAUCCCUGAAUGCUCGCCUGGCCAGUUAUCUCGAUAAAGUGCGGUGCUUGGAGCAAGAGAACGCCAAUCUGGAGUGCAAGAUCCAAGAAUUCUGUCAAAAUCAAGCGCCCGCAGUGUGUCCUGACUACCUUGCUUAUUUUAGAAUGAUUGAAGAGCUCCAGCAAAAGAUCUUAUGUACAAAAGCUGAGAAUUCCAGACUGGUUACACAAAUUGACAACACUCAACUAGCCUCUGAUGACUUCAGGACCAAGUACAAAGUUGAGUUGUCCCUUCGCCAGCUGGUGGAAGCCGAUAUCAAUGGCUUACAGAGGAUCCUGGGCAAGUUGAUCUUGUGUAAGGCCGAUCUAGAAAUGCAAGUUGAAUCACUGAAGGAAGAGCUACUGUGUCUCAGAAACAACCAUACCGAGGAGGUCAAUUCACUCCAAUGUCAGCUUGGUAACAGACUGAAUAUUCAGGUGGACAUUGCCCCAUCCGUGGACCUGAAUCAAGCGCUGGAAAAAAUGAGAUGCCAGUACGAAAGCUUGCUCGAAACUAACCGCAGAGACAUUCAAGAGUGGUUUAACACCCAAAGAGAGGAAUUGAACCAGCAAAUUGCUUCCAGCUCAGGACAGCUGCAGUGCUGCCAGUCGGAGAGUAUUGAGCUGAGACGCACCGUCAACGCCCUGGAGAUCGAACUGGAGGCCCAGCACAGUUUGAGAAACUCCCAGGAAAACAUCCUGACCGAAGUUAAGGCCCGUUACAGCUCCCAGCUGGCCCAAGUCCAGGCUCUGAUUGAUAAUGUGGAGUUCCAGCUGGCAGAGAUCCGGUGUGAUCUGGAGCGGCAGAACCAGGAGUACCAAGUGCUGCUGGACGUCAAGGCCCGGCUGGAGGGCGAGAUCUCCACCUAUCGCAGCCUGCUGGAGAGCGAGGACUGCAAGCUCCCCAGCAACCCUUGUGCGAGAGAGAGUACGGUUUCAACCUGCCCACCCUGUAAACCCUGUGCUAUUGAGUGUACAGCACCAACACAAGCAGCGUGUGAACCUUGCAACCUGUGUGCUCCCCCUGCAUCUCUUGGAAAAUGCAUGCCCUGUAAGACCUGCACCCCUGCCCCACGGAUAAUUGUGAAAAUAUUUACUAUUAUUGAAGAGAUUAGGGAUGGGAAGGUCAUUUCUACCCAAAAGCUCGUUCAGCCCUGUGUCUUCUAUAACCCCCAGUUCCAAGUCUAACAUGCUAUGGGGCUGCCCCCCAAAGGAUUUCUUUCACUAAUAAGUCUUUUCAAGAACCUUGAUUUCUCUGUUUGUCCAAAAUAUCAGCACAAACUGUGCAUUGGCUCUUCUCGCUUUGCUUUCACUUGAAUGUCUUCUAAAAACUAGUAACGUGCUUAUAUAAUAACUCAAGAAGCUCCAUUUUUCUGGAAUUGGAUUUGGUGUUUGGGAAUUAUAAAAUCAAUAA